AUGAUGACCGAACAGUUUCGGGAUUGCUUUAUAGGAGAAAAAGGUUAUGAAGGAUUGAAAAAGCUAAUACGAAGUGGCAAUGAUCUUUGCACCGAUAUUGCGAAAUGCUGGCAAGAACGUUGUGAUCUCGAACUUGUCUAUGCCAAAGGUCUUCGCAAGAACAGUGAAGCGUUUCAAAAGCUCUCCGCUCGAUCAAAAGGAUCUUUAACACAAGGAUUAGCAGUUAUUUCUACCCAAACAAACGUUGAAAGUGAAGCGCAUAGUGCAAUUGCGAAUACGUUGCUGAAUAAAAUUUGUUUACCAAUGAAAAAUCUUGCUGAUACACAAUUGAAAGCAAGAAAACCGAUUGAAGAUACGUUAAACGGCAAAUUCAAAGCUUGGAAAGAUAAGAAAGAUAUUGAUAACAAAUACCGUCAGCGUCAAUUCGAAAAUAGUAAAGAAAUCGAAAGUUUAUAUCUUCGCAUGGAUGAAAUUCCGAAAACAACCAAAAAUUCCGUAAAAGAAGUCAGCAAGUUAUCAGCCAGUGCCAGCUACAAACAGACAUCGAACAUGGAAAUGUCACUACGUAAAGCAGAACAAGAGUUGGAGAAGACUGAAAGGAAAUAUCAUGAUGCGACGAAAGAUGUGGAAAUAGCGCGGCAAGCUUGUGAUGCUGAAAUGUGUCGCUGUUGUGAUCAAAUGCAAACGAUGGAAUUGGAUCGAAUAAGUGAAAUGGAAAAAUUUAUUCAAACUUAUUCAAAUGCUAUAAAAACGUUGACUGAUACGAUGAAUCAGAGCAUGCUGAGAUACUCUUAUCGAGUCACGCAAGAUUUAUAUGCAAUUCGAAUCACUCCGCAGAGCGACAUUGUCUUGGAAGCGAAACAAAAUGUUCAAGCAGCUGAAACAGAAAUUUUAACUUAUGAUAUUUAUGCACAAAAUGAUCACAAUGCUAUGAGUCAAGAACGACGAGUAUUAAGUUUGAUGCAUUGGAUUCAAAUGUUAAAACAAGAUAUCGAAAUUCAAAAACGAUCAAAAAAUGAUGUUGUAGUUCGUGCUAAUCAUGAUUAUUCAGCAUCGGCGUCAAACGAUGAUGACGAUGAUGAUGGAGCAAUGCAUCGUAUUGAAAAUUUACAAGGAUUCUGUAAACAAAAUCAGAACUUUUCGGCAAGUGUCAAUCCGAGUGAAAUAUGUAUAAAUCGUGAAAGUGUUCGUUUAUUACAAUGUCUUUACGAAGGAAGUUUGUAUCAAAUGGAAAAAGUUUACAAUCAUAUUAAAAGUUUACCUGAACCGCAAUAUGAAUAUUCACAAUGUUUUGCUAAAAGUUAUACAGACAAGAAUAUUCCAACUACGUUCCUUCGGAUACCUUUUCAACCAUCGAAUCAAAAUCCACCAUCUGCACCAUCGUCGACCAGCUAUUUAGCACGUUCAUCCCCAAUAGUUGGCACGCCAGUUAUGCCACACCAACACGGAUUUCCACCACCACCACCUUAUUCAGGUCAAGGAGGAACACCAAUUGGCUGGGCAAUUGAUAAUCUACCUCAUGAACAUCCAGCACCAGUUCACACUACUUCUCCUCAGUAUUUUGUUUUUCCUCAGCAGAAAAGGCGUUAUAAUCGAUCGAUGGCGCCUGGCCCGCCACCAUAUCCUGCUCUUCCAUCAUCGAUGACCAAUUCGACAGAUUCUCUUCGACAUCCGCCGCAGCUACCAGUGAAAUAUGUGAAAGUUUUACAUUCAUACGAUGCCGAACAUGAUGAUGAAUUAACUAUACGACCAGGAGAUCUUAUUAUGCUAAUUGAAAGACGCUCUGAUCAAUGGUGUAGAGGCAAUCUUGAUGGGAAUAUUGGUUUAUUUCCCGGCAAUUUUGUACAAGAACUGUAA